AUGACAACAAAUACAGCUCCUGGAGGUUUUGGCAGUGGUGCUUUCGGAGCGGGGGGUCUUGGUAAUGCGGCCGGCGCCCCCCUCAAGCCACCUACCAUGACAGCUUCCGGCCGGUAUGAUCUAGAUACGCAAAGUACGAUUGCGAAUUAUUUGAGCGAGGUGGAUCGAGCCUACAACGCGCUUGACCCCUGCUGUCGUUUUCGCUCGUUCGUCUUCAACGUCUGCGGGGCCGGGCAGGGCGAAGGCGCCAUCCAGCGCGAGCGCUACCUCGCUUUCCUGCACGGCGGAGGCUGCUCCGAGGAGGGCUGGAUCCAGGCGAUCCUCGCGAAUCCGGAUUCUCAACGGCUUUAUCCCACCCCUCUGCACUUUGCUCAGGAGCUUCAGCAGCGCUGUUCAAAGCAAAAGGAGGAGAUCGAAUCCCUUUCAGGGCUGAUUAAGACUUACCUCAGUGACGUCGAGGUGAUUGUGGCGCUGGACAAGGAAAACCAGGUUACUCUGGCAGGGCUUAAAAAAGAAGACAUGAUGCUUCGCCGACGGUGGUUUGCUUUACUACAAAAGAUGGAGACCCUUAGUCGGCUUGGCAGCUCUGACGGUGAGGAGGGGAUUCUUCUGCAGAGGUUGCGAGAAAUUCAAAAGGAGCUCUCCUCCCCUGGACGAUACCGCAGCGCGCUCGAGCAAAUUCAGCCUUGGCUGGAGGAGGAUGGCGCCCGGCUCUGCCUUCAAAGGCGCGUCGGAAAAGGUUCCUCCUCUUUGCCCACGGCAAGCGCUCAAACUGAUGGGGCGCAGCCUUUACUACAAGUUGAGGUGGAUCGCGUGAUUAUGGAGUCGUGGCUAAAGUUUACUGGGCAAACGCAGAACGCUAUCGAGGCGUUGUACGAGCUUCUUCAGAGGAAUACGAAGAAUAUGCGCUCGGUUCGAGAUCGCAUUAUGGUGAGUUAA